AUGGCGGACGAGCACCGGCCCAAGAGGCGCAAGACAAAGGCGAACGCGAAUGAUGCAUCUGUGGUCAGGAUUGGCGACAAGGUCAUCUCAUUAUCCGCUUACCUAAAACCACAGCCCAAGCCAGCGCCUAUAGAACCACAAUCGAAGCCCCCUGCGCCUGAAGCAGAACGUGUGCCUGGGGAUGGUACGGACACACAAAUUCAAAUUAAGCCUCAGAAACACGCUCCAAAGGGGUCCAGGGAGGUUCGCAAGGAUUCACCUUUGCUGAAAGCCCGGAAAGCAUUGCCGAUAUGGACUUAUCAGCGAGAUAUCAAGGACCGGCUGCAAAAGGAGGAUAUCCUGCUUGUUGUCGGUGAGACAGGUUCCGGAAAGAGUACGCAGGUCCCCCAGUUCCUCUGCGACGAGCCCUGGUGCCGCAGGAGGAAGACAAAGAUCCAGUCUGAUUUCGUUGGCGUUGGGGGGAUGAUCGCCAUCACGCAACCCCGUCGAGUCGCCGCAACGACACUCGCCGGUCGAGUGGCGAACGAAAUGGGCACUCCGCUGGGAGGAUCACGCGAGGGCUCUGUUGGUUACUCAGUCCGAUUCGAUCACAGUGUUCCCAAGGGCGCCAAGAUCAAGUUUCUCACCGAGGGUAUGCUGCUACAGGAGCUCCUGCGGGACCCAAAUCUCCGUCAAUAUAGCGCUAUCAUAGUCGACGAGAUCCACGAGAGGAGCGUUGACGUCGAUUUGAUCGCAGGCUUUCUGAAGCAGAUUCUAUCUGGUGACAAGGCAGGGCGCGGCGGGAUCCCACUCAAGGUGGUCAUCAUGAGCGCAACAGCAGACGUGGAGAAGAUACAGGACUUCUUCAGCCCACAAGCUAUGUCGUCGUCAUCAUCAUCAGCACCACCAGCAUCGACAUCGCCGUCUAUGCAGCUUCUACGAAUAAAAGGCCGGCAGUGGCCCGUCGAGAUCAAACACACGGACAAACCCGUUCCAGAUAUCCAAGAGGCCCUCAUAAAGCAGAUCUUCAAGAUCCACACACAAGAGCCAUACCCAGGGGACAUACUAGCAUUUCUCACUGGACAGGAAGAGAUAGAGGCUGCGCAACGCCUGAUUGAAGAGUACAGCGCGACGUUGGCGUCGGACGUGCCCAAACUCCUAGUGUUCCCUCUAUACGGACAGCUCUCGAUCCAGGCGCAGCAAGAGGCCUUCCAGCCUGCGAAAUCCAGAUACGCUCGGAAGGUGGUCCUAGCAACGAACAUAGCCGAGACUUCCGUCACAGUGCCCGGCGUCCGCUACGUAAUCGACUGCGGCAAGGCCAAGGUGAAGCAGUUCCGGUCGCGUCUGGGCAUGGAGUCGCUGCUAGCAAAGCCGAUAUCGAAAUCGUCAGCCAUCCAGCGGACGGGACGAGCCGGCCGCGAGCAGGCCGGCAAGUCCUACCGGCUCUACACGGCCGAGACGUACGAGGCGCUCCGGGACGCCGACCUGCCCGAGAUCCUGCGCAACGACGUGCUGGGCGCCGUGCUGACGAUGAAGGCGCGCGGCAUCGACGACAUCCUCGCCUUCCCGCUCAUGGACGUGCCCGACGUCGACGCGAUCGAGAAGGCGCUGUUCCACCUGGUGCUGCUGGGCGCGCUCGCGCUCGACGGCGCCAUCACGCCCGUGGGCCGCAAGCUGGCGCUCUUCCCGCUCUCGGCCCCCUACGGGCGCGUGCUGCUCGCGGCCGCCGAACCCGCCUACGACUGCCUGCUCGAGGUCAUCGACAUCAUCGCGUGCCUCACGGCCGGCGAGAGCAUCUUCCAGCAGCUGAACUCCGAAGACGAGCGCUUCGACGAGGUCGAGGACGCGCGCCGGGAGCUCUACCGCCGCGAGGGCGACGUCCUGACCUACCUGACCACGAUGCAGCGGUACGCGUCCGAGAACGCCGACCGCGUCGAGUGGUGCCGGGCGCGCCGCCUCAACCAGCGCACCAUGCGGCAGGCGCUCAACAUCCGCCGGCAGCUGCGCGGCAUCUGCGUCAAGGAGAAACUGUUUCUCACCACGGAACCGCCGCCGCCCGACCCGCAGCCCUUCCAGCCGCUGUCCCCCGCGCGCGCCGAGACGCUGCUGAAGUGCUUCCUGCGCGGUUUUGCGACUAAGACGGCCCUGCUGGCCCCCGACUCGAGUUAUGUUACUACACAGGGCAAGCACGUCAUCGCCGUGCAUCCCUCCAGCGUGCUGCACGGCCAGCGCCGGCCGGCUGCUGUCAUGUUCCUCGAGCACGUCUACACCCAGAAGAACUACGCCAAGAAGGUCAGCGCCGUGGAGGCCGCCUGGAUCGACGAGGCCCUGGCGGUGGGUGGUAUUGGGGAGGUGGCAUAG